GCCGUGCAGUGAAUAACUCUAACCUUGUGUGUGAUUUCAGCACAUGCCAGAGGGGUGGAGAAUGCAUUGUUGGGGCACAACACUAAGCCUCCCACAGCCAAUAAGAACUUGACUGACUUCAACAUUUAGCACCAUAGUACCCAGAUUGUCCCGCUGUUUUGAUCUGGGCACUGAAUGACCUGAACUUUUCAGCUUCACUUGAUUCACUUUAGAUGAAGUCUGAGGCGGAGGUGCCACGGGCAACUUUUGGACUGUCACAGUGGAUAUAGACCCACAGAUAACGUCUGGAGUAUCUGUGAAACAUAUUUUUACAUAUUCAGAGAUGCUCAGUCCCAUUCAAUGAAUUCUGCUGCGUGUUAAGGUGCCUCUGAGACUGCUGUCUAUCUGCAGAGCUCACCCGUCCCUGUCCGAGAGCGCCUGCCAAGGUCCUUGUAUCUGUAAAACGUGUUGAAAUUGAAGAGGAGUUUGGUGAGUGAAAAUGGCGCCUGUCGUCGGUGGUCCUCAAGGCUACACACCACCCGAGGGUGGCUGGGGAUGGAUGGUGGUGGUCGGGGCCUUCAUCUCGAUUGGCUUCUCCUAUGCGUUUCCCAAGUCCAUCACUGUCUUCUUUAAAGAGAUUGAGGUGAUCUUCGAUGUGAGCAGCAGCCAGGUGUCCUGGAUCUCUUCCAUCAUGUUAGCAUGUAUGUACGGCGGAGGUCCCAUCAGCAGCAUCCUGGUUAAUAAAUAUGGGAGUCGUCCUGUUAUGAUGGCGGGGGGAUGUCUGUCUGGAUUGGGCCUCAUUGCUUCCUCUUUCUGCAAUUCUGUCCAGGCACUGUACUUUUGGAUUGGUGUGGUGGGAGGUUUGGGCUUAGCCUUCAACCUCAACCCUGCCCUCACUAUGAUUGGAAAGUACUUCUACAAACGACGACCUAUUGCUAAUGGAAUCGCCAUGGCUGGCAGCCCUGUCGUCCUCUCCACCAUGGCUCCCAUAAACACCUGGCUUUUUGAGAAGUUUGGCUGGAGAGGAAGUUUCUUGAUCCUGGGUGGCCUGCUCUUUAAUUGCUGUGUUGCCGGUUCCCUCAUGCGACCCAUAGGACCAAAACCGAAACCUGCAGAGGAGGCUACAGGGAGGAGGACUGUAGCGCAGACCAUCAACAGCUUCAUCGACCUUUCUUUGUUCAAACACCGUGGCUUUGUACUAUAUAUCAUGGGCAAUGUUAUCAUGUUUUUUGGUCUCUUUGCACCACUUGUGUUCCUUAGCAAUUUUGCAAAGAGUAAAGACAUCCCUAAAGAGAAGGCAGCUUUCUUACUGUCUGUGCUGGCUAUUGUGGACAUGGUUGCCCGGCCCUCAAUGGGCAUCGUGGCUAACACUAAGUGGGUCCGGCCCAGAAUACAGUACUUUUUUGCUGCGUCUGUGCUAUACAAUGGUGUUUGCCAUGUUUUAGCCCCAAUAUCAGUAGACUACAAAGGCUUUGUGAUUUAUGCCGUCUUCUUUGGGUUCGCUUUUGGCUGGCUGAGCUCAGUGCUGUUUGAGACCUUGAUGGACCUGGUGGGAGCCCAGCGGUUCUCCAGUGCUGUUGGGCUGGUCACUAUCGUGGAAUGUGGUCCUGUAUUGUUAGGACCCCCUUUGCUUGGGAAGUUUAAAGACAUGUAUCACGAUUACAAGUACACAUACCAGGGCUGCGGAAUCCUCCUCAUUAUCUCCAGUUUCAUCCUGUUUGUAGGGAUGGGAAUCAACUAUCGACUGCUGGCCAAAGAGAAAAAAGAGGAGGAGAGGAUGUCCAAGGGGGGAGGUUGUAACAAAAGGUCCAACAGGUACAAUGCUGCUACGGAGGUGGCAGAGGCUGGAAACACAGAAGACACUGUCUGAUAUUCUGUACCAUGUCAUGUUAUAUUUUUGCUCAAUUUAAUCUUGUUUGUGAGUGAAACAAGACAGCAGAUAAACAUUAUUUUGAGUCCUUUUCUGUUUAAUAGGAAAUGUUUUGAGACCACGACAGAAAACAUCACCUGCAAUUUAAUAUAACAUUUUACACACCUAAAGGCCUUUAAACUAUAAUGAACAAGCCACAUAAAAUACCUCUAAUAGUCUUUUAGGGACUAUUAUAUGUGUUUGGUAGACUGUACAGGUUUGUCACUGUAUGUCACUUAUAUUGCUGGGAGAUGAUAGUAUUUCAUUUGUUAUUAAUUUUUUAUCA